GAGCAUGACCAAUCAGAUGUGGCUUCAUCUUCAAGCUGAUGAGAGUGUUGGAUCAAUUGGGUUCAAGAUAAACUAUAAAGAAAUUGAAAAGGAGAGUUGUGGCAAUCCGGGGACACCUUUGUAUGGCAUCCGAGAAGGCAAUGGAUUCUCAAAUGGGGACAGUCUAAGAUUUGAAUGCCAGUUUGGAUUUGAACUUAUUGGAGAGAGGUCAAUUGUUUGUCAAAAUAACAACCAGUGGUCAGCGAAUAUACCAAUCUGCAUUUUUCCUUGUUUAUCUAACUUCACUGCACCCAUGGGAACAGUUCUAUCUCCAGAUUACCCAGAAGGUUACGGCAACAACAUGAAUUGUGUUUGGCUUAUCAUCUCUGAACCAGGGAGUCGAAUUCACCUUGCUUUUAAUGACUUUGAUUUGGAAUCUCAGUUUGACUUCUUGGCUGUGAAAGAUGGAGAACUGCCUGAUUCAUUUGUGCUGGGCACCUUCACCGGUGCUGAGGUCCCUUCUCAUCUCACCAGUAAUAACCACAUCUUGCGCUUAGAGUUUCAAGCAGAUCAUUCAAUGUCUGGACGAGGAUUUAACAUCACAUACAGCAGUAAGUAUGUCUCUAAUACUUGCAUUAAAGAUUAA